UCUCGUAGGUUUCCUCACUGUCCUUCCUGUGCUGGAUCUCUGAUGCAACUGUGUUUGUUAUGGUGGCGUUUGGGAAGGAUCACUGGAUACUGCGUCCUUAAAUGAGCGUUUUUGAUCUGUUUCGUGGGUUUUUCGGGGUUCCUGGUGGUCAUUAUCGUGGUGAUGGCCGCAGGGACCCCUUCUUUGAUGGGAUGAUUCAUGAAGAUGAUGAUGAUGAUGAGGACGACGACAGUGACGGUGGAUUUUACCACGAUGACUUUAAUAGGCCCCCUCGAGACCCGUUUGAUGAUGCCUUCAGAUUUGGUUUUAGUUUCGGGCCCGGUGGGACGCGUUUCGAGGAACCUCAGCUGUUCGGCAAGAUCUUCAGGGACAUGGAGGAGAUCUUUGCCGGUCUAGGCCGCUUUGAUGAGCGCCAUGGCUUUGGACACAGAGGUGCUCCAUCAAUAGAAGCUCUGCCUCCUCAGGAAGGUAUAGAGAAAGGCAGAGGUCGGGGAGGAAGUAGUAACCCGAUUAGAGAUUUCAUGUUGAAGUCUCCUGACAGUUCACCCUACACACCAGCUCUCCCUCCCCCCCUCGGGACACCAAAGGACAGGGAUUCCUCUUCUCCACAAGAUCCCAGCAGCUCCUUUCCUCAGUGGAGACCCUUUUCAAAGUUUCAUGAUCUUUGGAAAGAUGGCCUAUUACGACCAAAGGAGGGAGAGAAAAAAGAGGAUGGAGAUCUGGACUCACAGGUGUCUUCAGGUGGUCUGGAUCAGAUCUUAACUCCAGUGCCUUCACAGCCAAAGAUAAGGUCAACUUUCAAGUCUGUCAGUGUAACCAAGGUGGUCAGACCAGAUGGAACGGUAGAAGAAAGACGAACAGUCAGAGACGGUGAAGGUAAUGAAGAGACUACGGUUACCAUUUCUGGUCCAGGAGGCCGAGAUGGGCCGCAAGAUCAGUCUGGUCCUCUCAUGCCAGGUGACAUGCAGGAUGAUUUCUCAAUGUUUUCUAAGUUCUUCAGAGGGUUUCGAGGGUGAAGAAGCUCUGGACACAAACAAAAGGACAAUCUCUUUUCAUCCUUUCUCGCAAACCCACAAACGGCAA